GUUCUUGGGGCGGGAGAGGCAGUUCUGGUGCGCGCUCGCGCGGGCCCAGCAGAAAAUGGCGGCGGGUCUGUGUAAGAGCCAGCAAUGUUCCAUCGAGAGGCGCGGUUUUCGUCAGGAACUUGACUCGUGGCGGCACAAGCUUAUUCACUGUGUUUUGAGAGCAUUUUAGAAGGGCUGUUUGGACCUGGAUUAUUGGAAGAUAUCAGCCUAUAUAAAGACUGUGAACCAGAAGGUGUAUGUGAUUGGUCCUUUGAUGAAAACUGCCUUUUCUGCUGCUUGAGAAGAGAAAAAGUCAAGGAACAUUUGGCUGAUUUGAAUAAGCCAGUGACUGAUGUGGGGCCAGAAAAUUUACUUAAGCAAGAAAAGUUGAGAAUUAUUCGGCUAGAAAAACAAGCUGAAGAAUUCAUCAAUGCUGUCUUUUACAAGAAAGAUACUCCUAGGGUUUUGGACCCCAGUAUUCCUUUAGUUGCUCGUGAGAUCAUGCAGCGAAUGAUUCGACAAUUUGCUGCCGAAUAUACCUCAAAAAAUAGCUGUACUCAGGACUCCAGCCAGCCCAACAGCACAAAUAACCAAAGCUUGCAGACUCCAUCACCUGGACAAACCUCUCCUCCCCCUGCAACUACUCAGAACCCAGUGCUAAGCAAGCUUCUGAUGGCUGACCAAGAUUCUCCACUGGACCUUACUGUAAAAAGGUCCCUUUCUGAAGAUGCUUGUGAGCAAGAAGAUGGCGUGCUGGACCUAUCCACUAAGAAAAGCCCUCAUUCUGGAAGCACGGCUUUAAGCACUUCUCCAAGUACCUCAAAUGCUAUUGGGAAUGGGUACGGCACCUGCUAUAGAGAAUGCUCGGGACCUGGAUAACGUAUCUUUACAAAUGGCAGAUGGGAAAAGAAUACUUGUGGAAUGUUCUGAGCUAUACAAAACAGAUGUAAUACUGCCACGAUGGUUACAAAAUGUUCUACCUUGAGAAAAAAUGGAAAAAUAAAAUACAGACCUUCCUUCUUGUUCCA